AUGCCUACGAGCCCUCUUACUUUUGUGUCACAAACCUGCGCGUUCUCAGUUGGAACUUCACAAUCGUGGACAAACGGACGCUGCAGCCACGAUUAUCGUCUCAACAAGGCCAUCGCUCACGAACUCGAUACAGACAAGGACAUCGCCAGUUACCGGCUCAUAUGUCAAGCCACGAACGAUGCGAUCGACGCUGAUAACAAGUCCUUCUGGCGUGCGAAGUUCCGCGAGAAGUUUGCGCUAAAGGAGGGCUCGUCCAACUCCUCGCUUCAGGGUUUAUAUCAGAAUCGGGCGAAGCAACUUCGACGGGGUACUGGAUACGGAUUCUUCCGUGGUCAUAAGAAGCGAGAAUUAGAUGUCAUAGAAGUUCUGCGCGAUCUCAUCAUCGAGACAUUCCAAGGUCCUUUCGAGAUCGACGAGUAUGAUCGGCCGUUCUGCAAGAACCAAACUUGUCUGAUUAACUUUGUCCUCAACUCCAAGAUCCUUCUCAACAAUCGACGCGCGCCACAACCCUCCCGAGGCGAGCCAGCUCAUGUCAACCCCAUGCUGGCUGCCAUCAAGCUAAUGUGUUCUCACUUCCUCUUCGAGUUAGAGGGGGCAAAGCACGAUGUCUUCGCGAUUGAGGAGUCGCAGCGUGCAGUUUACCUCUCGACCAACGCCGCUCCCAUGUACCAAGGCCUCAAUCUCACAGACGUGAACAUGGAGUGGGUGCUUCAUUGCUUGAAUUUCUUCCGCCAUCAUAUGAUGAAUGAGGAGGUCGACACGCUGUUCGAGAAUAUGAACGCGUUAUCGGUGACACAGAAGCCUUCCGCGUGGCGAGAGCCUCUUCGACGAGGUGCAUAUCCAUUAGGGAAGCACUGGAAGGGUACUUAUGCCUACUUGGAUGCUAAAGAGGUUGUAAAGAUUCGAAAGCUGCACCCAGAUCAGGUUGGUGCCGAGUUCUUCGUCGACAAGAACGUCGAAGAGGGCAAGAUACAGUCUCUCGAGCUUGAUUUUGUGCAAGACGGACAUCGGCUGAGAUGGCCAACGGUUUUCGAGGACCGCCUGCGUUCGUUAAGAGACACUACCACACCUCCCGUCAAAACACAAGGCCGAAGCAAACCUAAGAUGGUUACUGAAGAUCCGAAGCUCAAGAAUAUUCAAUUCGUGGGCCAUGGUAAUGACCUUGACGACGAUUUCAACGCUAUUGGCUGGCUGAACCCACUUCCUCCCCAGGCUGGUAUUCCGGGCUGGCAACGUAUUACGUUCAUGAAACACUUCAUGGACGAUUUUGACCAGGUCGAUCGCGACAACCUCUGGGCAUACGAAGGUGUGGUCUUGCCCGGUGGCCGGAUCAUUCUAGGUCGAUGGUGGUUUGCUUCCGACCCGGUUGAUUUCAACAACGACUAUAACGGACCCUUUAUUCUCUGGGCUGUCGAUCCUGAACCCGAGCUCACAGACGAUAGCGAAGAUGAAGAGGUCUCUUGCUAG